GGAAAACAGAAGUGGUUCGGAUGUCGGCGGACGACUAAAUUUUGGGUUCAUAAACAUCAAUAUAUUUCGUUUCCCGCAACAGUGUAUAGUUGGGAUGCCAGGGAAAUUCGUGUUUGCACCCAUCAUCGGUUGUGAAUGUGCUCUUCGAGGAGUCGGAAAGACAAUAGAAGAAGUUUCGUCAACAAAGUUGACGACGACUUCGUCGUUGAGGCAAAAAGAAAGGUCCGUGCUAUUUAUACCUGGGGUCUGGCAAGAUACUCCGGUUCGAGAGGAGCUCGUUGCGGCUAUAGGAAAGCCUACAGUCGACUCGGAGGUCAGCUUGGAGAAUGGCGAGGGCCAGGGUACAAGGGACGAAAGCGUGGGCGACGAGGGGAUGCAGGGCACUCCGCAAAAGGGCAGGGGAGAUCGUCAAGACGCGACGGUCGGCUCUUCGAAGAAACUGAAGACCAAGGCCCCAAAGAGUGUAGGGGAGAAACGGAAGCGAACCGAGGGGGAGCAGGACCGCCCAGGCACCAAACGUCCGGCACAGAAACAGAAGCAACCUUCAUCGGAACGUUCCUCGCCACGAUCUUCCAUCGACGUCGACGUCGGGUACUUCCUGGAGUACAAAGACGGCGUUAGAACAAAGCGGGAGUUCGAGAUCAUCCCGACGCACGUCAUCGGCCUCGGGGAGUGGGAGGAUUUGUACUACCAGCGGUCCCUGGAUCCCGUCCUCAUAGAAGGGAACAAAGAAGCUAUGUGGUUGGCGUUCGAUAACAAAGAACAGUCGUACGAGUUGCCAACCCUGAAAUUGGCACCGCUGGGGUUGGGAAAACCAACUCCCGGGGCCAAGGCUGUACGUCUGAAGCCGGGGGACUGGAAGGAAGAGACGGCGAGCCAAUACUACUACUACGCGGUGUGUGAGAAGCACAACGCAGCUGCAGCCAGGUCACUGCUCGACAACGAGAUGGCCAAAAAGUACAAUUUUGAGUGGUGGCCGACACGUAUGUUGUGGAAUUACUACCAAUUCAAGUACGAGAAGAGGCCAGACGCGGAUUGGAUCCAAAAGUACCCUUUCUUGAAAACAAAGUCUGCUAUCUUCAAAGAGUUCGAAAGUCAAGGAUUGUAUGGCGAUUUGUGGGACGGUAGCAGGAAAUACGUUUCUGACUCCGUGCUGUUCAAGGACUGCCUGCCGUACAUGGGUUGCGACAAGGAGCAAUGGAUUGAGGCGACGAAAAACUUGGUCGGCCACAGGAAGUUGUCCGUCGGAUGGAGAAACAAGGUUCUCUCCGUGUUGACUGGAGGUAGAAUGAAGAGUCGGGAGAUCACACUUGCCGAAGGUAUUGUGCACAUAAAAUGGAAAGACACGGGGGAUGUGACAUCCAUCACACCAUUCGACAACGACCCUUUGGAGGCAGAUAUCAGGCGUGCAAAGUUGAAGGAGGCAGUGGUUGCCACGAAGAGCCACAUGUUCGUCCUCGAUCUGUACAAACUGGUUAACCUGAAGCUGUGGAAACCGCAAGCGUUCGAGACUUUGAAUUCCCAUCUUCAGACGUGGUGUUCGUUCGACGAGGCUUCCCUUGCUAUGAACCCAUCUAAAGCAAGUCGUCGUAUAAGCAUCGAACAUGUUAUCGAUGGCAUCCUCGACGACCAGCACGUGUCCACGCAUCCGUCCACAACGCCUAAUGUCGACGACCCUUGCAACAUCAAACCUUCCGUGGCAGUUGCGUUCGCUUUCUCGCCGCCGAACUCUUCGAUACUCCCGGCCACCCUCGCCAGCGGAGGGGAAGGCGAGGUCGGGGGACGACAACAUGUCACGUCCCAAAACAAAUCUAGGGUCGACACUCAAGCUCUCGACAUGCUGGCUUUGCCUACGCCAACUUCACUGACAAAGGAGCGGAGGGACAAACUGGCUGGCAAGCUGUGAAGAACGCCACAUUGUCUGCACGUCCAGGCUUCUGAGAGCGAGAGUGCAGCUUCCUUCGUAGUCCGGAUGUCAGCGGACUACAGUCCGCACCAUACACACAAGGAGUGUCCACACUGUCUAUCAACCCGGGGAGUUUCGAAUGCCGACAUAUUACAACCACUAGUCCUUCCAACUACAUUUCAUCGGCCUUGCUGUGAGUCAGUCAGGUUGCUGGUCGCGGGCAGGAAAAACUUCAACAAAAACAUAACACGUUA